AUGCAUUGCAAAGUCUUGCUGGAGGAUAGGUGUGAUUUAUGUGAGGAAAGUGAAUCUUCAGGCCACAUCUUGUGGGGGUGUCACAUUGCAAGGGAAGCUUGGAAUGAAACAAGUCUCAAGCCUGACAGUCCAAGCCAAUCUCUAAAGGAGUUCAUUGAUGUUGUCUGGUUGUUGAUGGAGACACUGGGAGAGAAAAACUGGGAGGAGUUUGCUAUCAUGGCUUGGCUUUUAUGGAAUAAUAGGAACUGUGUAAGGCACGGAGGCAGCUACAAAAGUGGGAAGUCCAUAGCUUGGGAAGCUAGAAAAUAUGAGACAAAGGUGCAUGACUCCUUACCAACCCAAUGCAAUGCCGCUCUAACUACCUCUCGGACAAAGUGUUGGGUUCCUCCCCUCCCUGGUAAGUACAAAGUUAACAUAGAUGCUGCUGUGUUUAAGGAACAAGGCUGCUGUGGGGUUGGUGUUGUAAUUAGGAAUGAUAAAGGGCAACUGAUGGGUGCCAUAAGCAAACGGGUUGAAUUCCCGUUGGGGGCUCUAGAGGCAGAAGCUAAAGCAGCUGAGAUAGGAGUUUGUCUGGCUUGA